UUACAAGUCUAAUUGCAUAAACUAAAACCAUUUGAGAGAAAAAAGUUCUAAGUUUUCAAUAUGAAAAUGCAGAAAGCUUGGUUCUAUGAGGAGUAUGGUCCUAAGGAAGUCCUUAAGCUAGGGGACUUUCCUAUUCCAUCCCCUCUGGAAAACCAACUACUUGUCCAAGUUUAUGCUGCUGCUUUGAAUCCUAUCGAUUCAAAGAGGCGUAUGCGUCCUAUUUUUCCAUCUGAUUUUCCUGCGGUUCCUGGAUGCGAUAUGGCUGGUGUGGUUAUCGGAAAAGGAGUUAAUGUCAAAAAAUUUGACAUAGGUGAUGAAGUCUAUGGAAACAUACAAGAUUUCAACAGUAUGGAAAAACCAAAGCAGCUUGGAACAUUGGCACAAUUCAUUGUUGUGGAAGAGAACUUAGUUGCAAGAAAACCUAAACGUCUUUCAUUUGAGGAAGCUGCAAGUUUGCCUUUGGCAGUACAGACAGCAAUAGAAGGAUUCAAAACAGGAGAUUUUAAGAAGGGUGAGACAAUGUUUGUGGUUGGUGGAGCAGGUGGUGUUGGCACUUUGGUCCUUCAAUUGGCCAAACUUAUGUUUGGAGCUUCCUAUGUUGUGUCUUCAUGUAGCACUCCUAAAUUGAAAUUUGUGAAGCAGUUUGGUGCUGAUAAAGUUGUUGACUAUACUAAGACUAAGUAUGAAGACAUUGAGGAGAAAUUUGAUUUCAUUUAUGAUACAGUUGGUGAUUGCAAGAAAUCAUUUGUGGUAGCAAAGAAAGAUGGAGCAAUAGUUGACAUAACAUGGCCAGCAUCACAUGAAAGAGCAGUUUAUUCAAGUUUGACAGUUUGUGGUGAAAUAUUGGAAAAGCUGAGACCAUAUUUGGAAAGAGGAGAGUUAAAAGCUGUGAUUGAUCCAAAAGGUGAAUAUGAUUUUGAGAAUGUGAUUGAUGCAUUUGGUUACAUUGAAACUGGAAGAGCUUGGGGAAAAGUUGUUGUCACAUGCUUCCCUAUGGCACCAAAAGAUCGUCACUCUACCAUUUUAUCUGAGAUUGAUACCAAUAUACCACAAGUCAAUGGUUUUGCAAAAGAUCUUUGCCUCAAGUAGUUAAUAUAUUAAUGACUAGAUGGUGACAAUUUAAUGUUGGUCAUGAGGCAUAUAUGUUGGUUGAAAUUUAUAAGUAAUGUGAUUUACGUUAAUGUGUGCAAAUAAUGUAAUUUGUGUUAUAUGAAGCACGGACGCUCCUUGGAUUAGGCGUGUCCCGUGUCGGACAGGCGUCGGUGUCUGACACCUACACCGACACGACACUUAUGAUUACACUAAAUUAUAUUGUUUUCUCAAAUUAUUAUCCGUGUCGGUGUCCGUGCUUCCCUUAUUGAAGCUAGUUACACAAAUGUAUGUAAUUUGAAUAUUUGUCUGUAUUAUAUAAUAAAAUAUAUAUAAUAUUUUCUAUUUGUGUGUAA